AGCAGCAGCAGCAGCAGCAGCAGUCUUGCAAAAAUGGUGAAGGGACGUCAAGGAGAACGUGUCAGACUCUACGUCAGGGGAACCAUCUUGGGAUACAAAAGGUCAAAGUCUAACCAGUACCCAAACACAUCCCUAAUCCAGAUCGAAGGAGUCAACACUACAGAGGAAGUGACAUGGUACAAGGGAAAGAGGAUGGCUUACAUCUACAAGGCUAAGACCAAGAAGAACGGUAGCCACUACCGUUGCAUCUGGGGAAAGGUUACAAGACCUCAUGGUAACAGCGGUGUUGUCCGUGCUAAAUUCACGUCCAACUUGCCUCCUAAGUCCAUGGGAAUGAGGGUGAGAGUCUUCAUGUAUCCGAGUAACAUUUGAAGCGAAAGUAAAGCAGCAUAAACUUUGAUUUAGCUGUUGUUUUUUUGCCCUACUAGUUCUUCGUUUUGUAUUUUGAUAUUGGAUGCAGUUUCCUUUCUUUGUUUGAAGUGUUUGGAGGUUCUUUAAAUAGACUUUGAAUCAUGGAUCUGGUUUUAUUAGAAAUCUUUCUACAUUCUCCUCUUAUACCGAGUUUCUGCAUAUGAAUAUCAUUUAAAGAGGCUUAAGGAUUGUUUUACAUAUCAUCAAUGGAUUAUACUGGAGACAAAAAAGAAGCUUGGUACUUUUGUUGUGAGUACUACUUUGUUAUUUUGAGAGUUCUCUAUUUGAUUCACUGGGUCACACUGAUGUGUAAAAUGUUUUGGUGAACCAAAAGGUCUUUAACUAUAUGACCUCGAAUGAACUUAUUGUGACAAUUGUCUACGUUUUGUUCUUUCAUAUCAAAAAUAAAUAUAUAAUCGAUUAAGACAACAGAGACGACCAAAUGAUCAUCAAUUCAAUCCCCAAAAUUUUUGUUUCAAAGAUCAUCAAUCCGUUUGCACUACACCAAUGUCAAAAACGUUGUUUACCUCCCUCUCAUUCCAGCCUUUAUUCUUCAUUGUGUCCAGUUUAUAAAAUGUAUCAAAGAAUGCAAUUCUUGGUUCUUCUCUGCAUAAUCCUUUAAAUUGAGCACAAUGGAAUCAUCGGGAUUUCACUGUCGCAUGACCAGUAUCUGCUAUAUGCUUGAAUAGUUUUGUCCUGGCCAUGGAAGAUAAAUGGUGGGUCAACAUUAUACUAGAGAACAAAAGAUGUCAAGAGAAUGAAUGGACUAACCUCGACUCAAACUCCUCUCCGC